AUGUUAGUUCUGUAUUUAAUAAGUAUUGUAUCAACAGUUGAAAGCGGUUUGUUUAACUUGGCAUCCCGCCACGGUGGUAGUGACCCAUUAUGGCAGCAAGUAAAGGCGUUAGAACGAAUAAAUUCCUUCCUGAGAGAUGUUCAAGAAGAAAUACAGGAAAGCCGGGACUUACUCAGACACAUCAACUUCAAAAAUUCCUUCAACAACCAAUCUGUAACAGAUGUAACACAUGGCACAACUCCUUGGGUCACUCCAAAGUUAUACACAAAUCAAUAUUUCUCGCUGCUGGUAUCUGAUGUAUUAAAAAAAAAUCCUGCUACCACAAGUUCUCCUGCCACUCCAAGUUCUCCUGCUACCACAAGUUCUACCACUCCAUCUACAAGAACGGAAAUCACAUCUUUGCCUCCAUCGUUUGUCCGUCAAGGCCCUGAAAUCCGCACUCCAGUCAUCCCUGACGUAGAACCUGAUUAUAAGGAGAUACUUCCCUACUUUCGCCAUGAAGGCCGCCAUGACCACCGGCAUCCUAAACUAAAUAAGACGAGGGAUUUUGACAAAAAACAUCAUCAACAUAUUAGUCAUCCAACGCCUAUCUCCAAAAGAAAGGCUGGUCGGUUAUUGAAGGCACCAUCAUACAGACAUAUCAUAGCGGUUGAUGAAUACGUUAAAUUAAACAAUAAUUUUGACGUAAAACCAACACAUGAAAAUAAAAACUACGACAGAUUUAAUAACAAAAAUAUAAUUAGAAACAAAGUAGAAUCGGACACAACGUACAUGACAGAAACAAUACAUUAUAACAGAUUCAAAAAUUUCGGUCAAAAGAGAUUCAAUAUUGUCACUCAGCCAACAGAUAAUGAUAAUCAAUUUUACUCUCAAAAGCGAACUACUGGCAGAACUAUGAAAUUUACAGAAAUCAAGCUCGUUAAGCGUCCAUUUGUUAAAUAUAAAAAAAGGGAUUCAGAUGAACCUUUAAUAGAAAACAGAGCUAAUCCAGAUCUAGAGCAUACUUCUGCUAAAGUUGUACAAAGACCAAUUAAUAAACAUUUAAGAAGAGUUAUUGAAGCUUCAAGUUAUAGUGAUGAGGAAACAGCUUUGGUUGUUAACUUAAUGGAUCAGUUUUAUCAUUAUAAUGAAACUAACAAACAGAACGCUGAGGACAAGAAAAUGUUGGAAUGCAGUUGGUUUUUAAUUUACAUGACGUUACCUAGUAGUACAGUAUCUUAUGUCACGCUCUUGGAACCUACAACGAGAUUCAACAAAGUCAACAUAGAUUUAAAAACAUACAUUGAUAUUGACGAGGAAGAGAAAGAUGUUGACCUUAAACUCUCAAUCAAAAACCAAAAAUUAAAAGGUGAUGUAAAAUUUAUUAUUGGCAACAAUCGCAACCUUCGAAGAGAAUUCGCUGGGAAAAGAAAUAAAAGAUUCACUGAGUUCAUUCAAAAUGCUGUCGUCACAUUACAAAAAUAUAACGAUAGGAAUUUAAAAUAUUUUUGGACAAUUUUCGAUGAGGAAAUCAAAAAAUAUCACUAUAGAAACUGCAAGUUCUUUGAACUGACAGGAAAUCCCGCUAUUAAUAAACUCAUAGCGCACAAACUUCAAACAAUGAAAGAUGAUUCUGCAGAUACUAUCAGAAGUAAUUUAGCAGCAAUAUCUAAUAAUAUAGAAAAUUAUAAUCAUGAUAAAAGUAAAGAAAAACUUAUCGAUUUAAUCAAUGCAUUGUAUUCCAACACCGAUGUGUCAAAAUUCAAAAGGUUUUUACUUAAUAUUGAAACAUUUUAUAUUUAUAAUGGGAAAGUAAAUAAUCUCAGAAAAAUAAUACAAGAAGGAAUAAGAACUAUAAUAUUUGAUCAUUAUAGUGAACUGCACAAAGCAGCAAGACAAGAAGUAAAAUAUAGAAUAGAAGAAUAUUUUCAAAAUAUUCUCAAGCCUUCAACCACUCUCUUGACGGAAAUAACAAAUUCAAUGUUCUUAGAUUUUCAUGUAAGUGGAGAAAAAAAUAAAAGAGAAUUUACUACUAAAUCUAAAAGAGAAAAACUAAGAGUCAACAAACAUAAUCAUAAAUAUAAUCAAACAAAAUCUAGACAAACUAAGAAGGAGAAUACAGAAAAUGUAAAAAGAAAAACAAAGAAUAUAAAAACACAUAAGAUGGAACGGACAAUAAUAAAAUCUGAACUCCAAUUCGAUGAAAUGUUUUCUCUAGGAACAAUUACACAAACUAAAAGACAGAAUAAUUUCAAACUACAUACACCUAAAAAUGAGCGUAAAAAGAAAGAACAAGAUACAAGAAUUCUGAAAAAUACGAGGAGGAGCUCAGAAGAAAAGGAACUCACACAUUCGAAAUUGAUAACUGACAGAACAAAAAGACAAACAUCGAAAUGGCAUUUCACGCAGAGCCCCACCAAGAAUAUAUUACGUACAUUGUCAAAUGAAAAUAUUAAGAUUAAAACGACUUCUAAGAAAGCCAAAAAGAGUUCUUCGAAAUUUGGUUUCAUAGAAAUUGUGACGAUGAGACCAUUUUCGCUCAAGAAGACAACGUCUUUUGGGAAUAUUCAUUAUAUGAUUGAAUUAGACAAAAACACGGAAACUACAAGAGACUUGUCUGCACUCCGUGCUAAAGUAGUGAAGUACCAAACAAAAAUACCAGGUAUACUAUUUGGAAAGAUCGGCAUACGAAAACGAGUGAUUGAUGUUAUGAAAGAAGUUACUGUGAGAUCCACACAACAAAAUUUAGCAUCUGUAAAACCCAUAUUUCGGUUUGCUGUACAAAAGGCACCAAUCGUUAGAAACAAAAAUAUACAAUUCGAAGAUGAAAGUACUGUAGGGUUCUAUAGGCGCAGAGUAUUGAAUCAGGGAAACGAAAUCUCUGUGACUAAAUUAACUACAGUUUCACCUUAUACAAAUGGAGUUAAUCCUUCUGAAGAAUCCAAAAAUUUAAGAAAUGGAUACCAUGACAGCAAAAGCACCAAAGAAACUGUAUCCUUUUUGAGAAACACAGAUUAUAUAAAAGAAACCACUCAAGAAAAAGAGAGGAAUACCGUGAAUUUAAGAAUAAAUGUCGAUGAUUACAUCAAACGGAUAAGUACUACACGCACUGAAAUCAACGAAAAUACAAAAAAUAUCCUUGAAUCCAUGAAAUCUACAUAUGGUAAGAAAAUUUUGAACGAUAGACCUUAUUACUCAGACAGCUUUAUCAGAGGUAAAAUGGACCCUGGAGCCGAGUACAGUGAAUUUAAAAUUACUAACAUACUAAGUAGUUCUGUCAAGACACCUAUAACUUAUACAAAUUUCAUAAGACGUGAAAAAGAUAGCAAAAGUACACACUAUUCUACUCGUAAUAUAAAAGCAAGUGAUAUGCCUCAUUUGAAUUCAAUAAACAAUGAAAACACAAAUAUAGAUGUUGAAUUCGUAAAAAAUAAAAAAACAGAAGUGAAUUCUAAUAAUAAGAAAGCAGUAGAAAAUGCGGCAUCAAAACAAGGCAAUUUAAAUGAAAAAAAGGACAAAUCUGAAAUGAUUAACUACAGAAAAGGUGCUAACCCAGGAAGUCAUAAUUAUUAUGAAAAUUUAAAUAACGGCAAUGAUUUUAAGAGGAAAGAAAUUAAUGAAAUGUAUGGGCUUGAUACUGCCACUGACAAAACAGAUAAUGUAAGAAAACCUCAUUUACCACCGAAAGGUCUACGUCAAAGUUUAUCAGAGCAAGUUGAAGAAGAAACAGAUAGAGUAUUCAACAAUGAUAAGUUUAAAAACAAAUCAGUAACUAAAAAUUUAAACAAAAAAGAGAUCGAUCUAGAAGAAUACCAAGCGAAAGAACUAAAUUGUCAGGUAAAGAACACAGAUGAAGAAGUAUUACUAAAUAAUAAUUCUCAGUUCACAAUUGAAUCUAUAAAAAAUAACACACUGCUCACAGCUUCUAAUAUGGCUGAUAUAGCUGAAGAAACUAAAAUAUCUACAAACCAGGAUGUAACAACUCGUAAAUCACAAUGGAGCAAAAUAAAAAAUUAUGCAUUGAAAAAUUUUACUGAUGAAUAUGAUAAAGCAAAUACAUUUGACGAUGAAAGAAGUCAUAGUAAAGAGCUUGAUAUUGAUUCAGAUAAGGUAAAACAACAAAAUGACUUGGGUACAAUAAAAAUAUUAAAUCCUAGCAAGGAAGUAACAGCUUCAGACCUAGAGAAGAUGGAACCUAUUGCGAGAAAACAAGAAGAACUAACUAUGCUCAAGGAAAUGGAAAGAAAAACUAAAAGACAAGUUAAAUUAGAACGCAAUACCACCGUGGCGGGUACCUUUGGUUGGAGAAGGUUUUGGAACAACCCAUAUAAAGAUCUCUUGGAUGAGGAGCAGACGGAGACUACACGACAAAUGGAAGACCACACGUACCAACUAGUGCCUCAACCAAAAGAUCCUAAUAUCUAUCUAUAUAUGAAAAAUUACUAA